AUGGCAUGCCUUGAUCGUCUUGCAACUAAAGCUAGACUCAUGAAGUUUGGCAUAUUAGACAAUGAUCGCUGCAGCAUGUGUUCUGAUAGGGAAGAUUUGAAUCAUCUUUUCUUUGUCUGUAACAGGACCAGGAGUGUAUGGCAAGAGAUUCUUUUAUGGCUCCAUGAAGAUCAUGCACCGGGUAAUUGGGAUUGUGAGAUGAAGUGGAUGGUGGAUCGGUGUAAACACAAAGGGUGGAGAUCGACCUUGCUGAAAACUGCAUUUGCAGAGACUAUUCAUGCUUGUUGGUUGUAUAGAAAUAGCUUGAUCUUUAAGAUUGAUGAUAUAGAUAGGAAUACUCAUAGAAAUAUCUCUAAAGAUAUCAUAGAUAAAAUAGUACAAAGAGUAUGGAAUAAACCAAAGCUUAGAGGGAAACUUGUUCCUUUCCUUCUUUGA